AUGGCUUCUUUUCAUACGCAUGCAAUCUUCAUUAGUGCAAUCGUUCUUAUUCUACAGCCUUGGUGUGCUGCAAGCAACAUAUUUUCACCAAUCUUUGAUGCUCUAUGCGAUAAGAUGGAAUGUGGAAAGGGUACUUGCAAACGUUCACAAAACAGCACUCUUGGUUUUGUAUGUGAAUGUGAUGAUGGUUGGAAGCAAGCAAGUCUACCUCUAUUUCAUGUUGAUGAUCUCAAGUUUCUGCCUUGUGUGGUUCCCAACUCGUGCCAUUGGAUUGAUUGUGGAGGCGGGACAUGCAAUAGGACCUCUUUCUUCAAGUAUAGCUGUGAAUGUGAAGAGGGUUACUACAAUCUACACAACCACACUGGACUUCCCUGCUAUAAUGACUGUGCACUAGGAAAUAACUGUUCGAAGCUUGGAAAUGAGUUACCAGAUUCCUCUCAGCAGAGUUCAGCUGCCACAUGUAGAGACAAAGGAGAUGCUAAGUGGUUGAUUAUCAGUACGCUAUUUUCUGUUCCUGGAAUAGUUGGGGUAGUCAUAUGA